AUGGAAGAUAAAAAUAAUAUUGAACUCCAAGAAAAAGCACCAGAUAAUUAUAAUAAUAAUAAUAAUAAUAAUAAUAAUAAUAAUAAUAAUAAUAAUAAUAAUAAUAAUAAUAAUAAUAAUAAUAAUAAUAAUAAUAACAACGAUAUUAAUAAUAAUGAUGACGAUAAUAAUAAAAUAAUAUAUCAAAACCCAACACCAGCAUCUAGUAGUCAUAUAGAUUCAAUUGAAAUUGAUAUAAAUUAUGAUCUUUCAAAUCAUAUUAAACAACGUGUAACUCAAAAUAAAACUGGUAUGUUUGUUUCUGCAAACAACAUAUCAUAUUAUAUUCCAAAAAGUAUUAAAAAAGGUGAAAGUGAAGAACUUAGUAAAUUAUAUUUAUUAAAUAAUAUUUCAUUUACAAUGAAACCUGGUCGUAUGAUAUUAUUAAUGGGUAUACCAGGAGCAGGUAAAAGUUUAUUAUUAAAGGUUUUAGGUAAUAGAUUAGGUAAAGGUAAAAUUGAAGGUGAAUUAAAAUUUAAUAAUCAUGAAGUUGAUGAGACGACUCAUCAACGUGAUACAAUUUUCGUUUCACAAGAUGAUAGACAUAUUGCAUUGUUGACAGUUAGAGAGACAUUGGAAUUUAGUGCAAAAUGUAAUAUGGGAGAGAAUGUAUCACAAGAGGAACAAAGUGAACGUGUCGAUUUGGUAUUGGAUCAACUUGGACUUUCACAUACAUCAAAUACUAUCAUUGGUAAUCAAUUUUUUAGAGGUAUUUCAGGUGGUCAAAAGAGAAGAGUUACAAUUGCUAAUGAAUUUACAAAAAGAUCACCAAAUUUAAUAUUAAUGGAUGAACCUUCGACAGGCUUGGAUUCAGCAACAUCCUAUAAUGUAAUAUCAAAAGUUAAAACCAUUGCCAAAGAGGCAAAAGCAUCGGUUAUGGUAUCAUUAUUACAACCAUCGGUUGAAUUAACCAAUUUAUUCGAUGACAUUUUAAUUUUAGGUGAAGGUGGUAAUUUAAUUUACUUUGGAGAAUUAAAUAAUUUAUUACCUUAUUUCUCAUCGAUUGGAUUAGCACCAUUACCAAACCAACCAUUGGCAGAAUUUAUGCAAGAGGUUUCAGUUGAACCUUCAAAAUAUAUGAUAACUGAUAAAAUUGAAUUAUCAUCAAAAGAUGGUGGUGAUGACGAAAGCAAAAGUUUAUUAUUAGGUGGUGCAGAUAGUGGAAAUGUUGAAAAGAUGGAUUUGGUUAAAUUAUUUAAAGAAUCUGAAUUAAAUCAAAAAACAAUACAAUCAAUGCAACAAUUAAUACCAAGUGAUAUUAAAGUUUCAGAUCAUUUAAUAAAGAAAUUAGAAACUGGUGAUAAUGGUAAAUCAUCAGUACGUUAUGAAUUAAAACAUUUAUUGGCACGUCAUAUUAAAGUUAUGAAAAUUAUGAAAAUGCAAUAUGCAGUACGUUUCUUUCAAGCCAUUUUUAUGGGUUGUGUAAUCGGAUCAUUAUUUGUUAAGAUGGGGUUCACACAAGCUGAUGCUAGAAAUAGAUUUGGAUUAGUUUACUUUGCAAUGGUAUUACAUAUUUGGACAACGAUUGGUAGUGUUGAAGAGUUUUUCACAUUAAGAGGCAUUUUCGAUGACCAAAAGGACUCAAAGUAUUAUAGAAAUUUCCCAUACUUUUUAUCAUUGGUAAUCACUAAAAUUCCAAUCUCAUUGAUAGAGGCAAUAUUAUUUUCAAGUUGUUGUUAUUGGAUUGCAGGUUUUCAAGCACGUGUUGAUAAUUUCAUAGUUUUCAUAUUGGGUAUGGCAUUGACCAAUUUAAUUGCUCAAGGUAUUUUUCAAGUUACAUCAGCUUUCACAUCGGCUCAAUUAUUGGCAAGUUUAAUUUGUCCAGCGAUAGUUGUAUUAUUUAUGAUUAUGUCAGGUUAUAUGAUUAGUCGUUUACAAAUUCCAGGUUGGUGGAUUUGGUUAAAUGCAUUAUCACCAUUGAGAUAUGUAAUCGAUAUGGUAUCAUCGAAUGAAUUGUAUGGUUUGGAAUUUCAUUGUUCACCAAUGGAAAAGAUUCCACCAUCAAAUUAUCCUCUAUUAAAUGUAUCGUAUGCCGAUGGUGGUUAUCAAGGUAAUCAAAUUUGUCAAUAUAGUACUGGUAGUGAUUUUUUAAAUCAAUUUGGUUUCUCUGAUAAUUCUUAUAUGCGUUGGGUUGAUAUUGUAAUCAUUUUAGGUUUCGUUUGUACAUUCUUUUUCAUCUUCUUUUUAGGNGUUAAAUAUAUUAGAUUUGAAAAUAAAAAACCACCAAGACAAAUUAAAUUAAAGAAAAAGAAAGAGAAAAAAGAUAAAAAGGAUAAAGAGGUUAAACAUAAAUGGAAUGGUUGUUAUAUGACUUUUCAAAAUUUAAAUUAUGUUGUACCCUCUGUUAAAGAUAAUAAAGAAACUGGUAAAAAGGAAAAAGUAACCUUAGAGUUACUAAAGGAUGUAAAUGGUUUCAUUGUUCCAGGUAUGUGCGCUUUAAUGGGUCCUUCAGGUGCUGGUAAAUCAACAUUAAUGGAUGUAUUGGCAAAGAGAAAAAAUGUUGGUACAAUCACUGGUGACAUUAGAAUCAAUGGUCAGUUGGUAAAGGAUAUGAAUAUCACUCGUUUCACUGGUUAUGUUGAACAACAAGAUAUUCUUUCUGCAAAUUUAACAGUUCGUGAAGCAAUUGAAUUUAGUGCAAAUUGUCGUUUACCAUCAUCUUAUCUUCAAAAGGAUAGAGUUAAAUUAAUCGAUGAGAUUUUAUCAGUUCUCUCUCUAACUAAAAUGCAAAAUACAACCAUUGGUCCAAAUCCAACAUUGGGUAUUUCAUUGGCAAAUCGUAAAAAAGUUAGUAUUGGUAUUGAGUUGGCUUCAGAUCCUCAUUUGAUUUUCCUUGAUGAACCUACCUCUGGUUUAGAUUCUUCAGCCGCUUUAAAAGUUAUGAAUUGUGUUAAAAAGAUUGCAGAAUCUGGUAGAACUGUAGUUUGUACAAUUCAUCAACCAUCACAAGAAAUCUUUGAGAAAUUCGAUCAACUUUUACUCUUGGACAAGGGUAAAGUAAUUUAUUUUGGUGAUACUGGUGACAAUAGUUCAACCGUUAUUCAACAUUUCACAAGUGCAGGUUAUCAAUAUGAACAUGGUAGAAAUCCAGCUGAUUUCAUUUUGGAAAUCGCUGAACAUCCACCAUCAACAGGUCAAAGUGCAAGUGAUUACUUUAAAUCAUCCAUUCAUUAUUCAAAUUCAAUUCAAAGAUUGGAAUCAAAAACUAUCGUACCAGAGGGUGUUGACGUUCCAAAAUAUAAAGGUAAAUACUCUGCUCCUGCAACAGCUCAACUUCAUAGUUUGGUUAAAAGAGGUUGGUUAAAUCAUGUUCGUCGUCCACAAACUAUUCUACUUAGAUUCUUACGUUCAUUCAUUCCUGCAAUUGUAAUUGGUACUCUCUUUCUUAGAUUGGAUAAUGAUCAAACUGGUGCACGUAAUAGAAUCGCUUUGGUUUUCUUGGGUUUCCUCUUUGGUGGUAUGGCUUCCAUUGGUAAAGUACCAACCAUCGUCGAAGAUCGUUCAGUCUAUUACAGAGAAUCAUCAGCUGGUACUUAUCCAGCCCAUCUUUAUAUUUUGGCAAGUGUUAUCACUGAUUUACCAAUGAUGGUUUUAACUGCUUUCUCCUAUUGGAUACCAAUGUUCUUUUUAACUGGAUUAACAUUGGGCGAUCAUGGUUGGAAGUUUUUCUUCUCUCUCAGUGUUUAUCUUUUGGUUAUCAUGUGUUACGAUAGUUUGGCAACUUUAUUCGCACUCACUCUACCUACCAUUCCAAUUGCGAUUUUGGUCUCUGGUGUUGGCUUGAAUUUCUUGGGUCUUUUCGGUGGUUUCUUCAUUCCAGUAAACAAUAUUCCAAGAGGUUGGAUUUGGAUGCAUUAUUUGGUCUUUUCUAAAUAUGGCUUGGAAACUCUAAGUAUCACUGAACUUAAAGGUGAACCUUUUUUUUGUGAAGAAGAUCAAUAUAGUAUAAUUCCUAUUGCCGGAACAAAUUUCACUAAAAAAUAUUGUGCCAUUCAAAGUGGUGAUACUAUGCUUUUGCAAUAUGGUAUGAACGACGCUUACGAUCGUCAAUUUUAUAAUUUAAUAAUCCUUGGUGGUUAUUUCUGCGCUUACACUUUUCUUGGUUAUUUAGCUUUAAGAUUUAUUAAUCAUAUGAAAAGAUAA